GACGAUGUCUGACAAGAAACGCAAAUAUCUUUCUGGCCAUGAAAAACGGCAAAAAAAGAGGCUGGAAGAAGAGAAAAAACAAGAAGAUAAACGAGCAUUGUUAAAGUAUAUGCUGCCAGUAAGCAAAGCUCCAGCUGUUGCCGGUUCAUCCACCCCUACCUCCAGCUCCACUGUCACACAAGCAGCUGGCAAUGCUGGUCUUUCUCCUGUUGAAGUGGUGAGCAGUACCCCCAUGCCUUCCACCACAUCACCUGGCUCUCUUUCUACUCCAUUGGAUCCAGCUGACUGGCCAACAGUCAUUAAUGACAAAGUACGCAUUGAUCUGGUGAGCAGAGGACCAGCACAUGUUGACCACGACUUCACAUUUCCAAAAAGACAAUCAGACAAUAGAAGGUUUCACUAUAAUUACAUGUUUCGAUCUCUUACGAUUGGUGAAAAGGUUAAGCUGGUUAACAUAUUUACAGAAAAAUAAUGCUGUCGAUUUUUUUGAAAACAAUUUACAACAAAAACAGUAAACAAAACUCAGUACAGAUGGUCAACAAGACUGUAUCAAUAUUGGCACAUUACUUAAGCAGCAUGAAAACAGCCCAGAUCAUGCUAAAAAUUUGCUGUCUUGGAAGGAGCUAGAAGUCCGUCUACGAAAAGGGGAGACAAUAGAUCAGACUAAAUUGUCCCUCUUAGAGGCAGAGAGAAACAGGUGGAGAGAGGUCCUCAUUAGGCUUGUGUCAAUCAUACAAUCUCUAGCAGAGAGGAACAUGGGUCUUAGAGGAUUUGUUGAUACGUUACAUGCCAACAAUAAUGGUAACUUCCUAAAAGAGGUGGAAUUACUAGCAAAGUUUGAUACUGUUUUAAAAGAACAUGUACGACACAUUGACAGUAGAGCAAAUCACACAACAUACUUGGGGAAAACGAUACAAAAUGAGCUCAUUGCUUGCAUCAGUGACACCAUUCUUCGUACAAUUGUGGUUCAAAUCAAGGAGUAAAAGUAUUUUUCCCUGAUUUUGAAUGGCACUCCAGAUGUCAGCCACCAGGAGCAGAUGUCUGUUGUGAUCCGUAUAGUCGACCUAAAAAACACACCAGAAGUCAGAGAGCACUUCCUGGGGUUCCUAUUAGCCCAUGAAUUAACUGGACUCGGCUUAUCCACACUAAUUCUAAGAAGGCUAGAAGAGCUGAACAUCCCCUUUGAGAAUUGCAGAGGACAAUCUUAUGACAAUGGUGCCAACAUGAAACGCCAAAAUAAAGGGACACAGGCCAGACUGUUGAAGAAGAAUCCUCAAGCUCUAUAUGUACCUUGUGCAGCCCACAAAUUAAAUCUGAUGGUGGCAGAUUCAGCCAAGGGGUCAGCGGAUGCCACUAACUUCUUCGGAGUGGUGCAGAAAUUGUACACCUUAUUUGCAGCUGCUUCCCAGAGGUGGGCCAUCUUAAAAGAUCAUGUGGACCUCACUGUCAAGACCUGGAGUGAAACAAGGUGGGAGAGCAGAAUUAACAGCAUUGAACCUUUACGUUACCACACCGUCAAAGUCAGGAAAGCUUUGCUUGAGGUGAGGGAAAAGACAAUUGACCCUAUGAUUAGAAUCGAGGCCCAGUCCCUGGCAGAAGAAAUUGGAUCAUUCAGGUUGCAGAUCUGCACAGUUGUCUGGUAUGAUAUUCUAUCAAAAAUUAACACAGUUAGCAAACUCCUUCAGUCCGUCAACAUGCAGCUGGACGUAGCAGUGAGUCUCAUAAAUAAAACCAAAGCAUCUCUACAGACCUACAGGGCAACUGGUUUUGUGGAUGCUCAGACCACUGCAAAAGAGCUCUGUGAAAGCAUGAAUGUUGAGGCAGUGCUGAAAGAGAAGAGGCUGCGAAGUACAAAGAAGCACUUUACCUAUGAGGCAGCUGACGAGGUAGUGACCACUGCAAUGAAGAGACUGGAAAUAGGACUUUUCAAUGUUGGGGUGGAUUGUAGCAUCCAGUCUUUGGAGGACCGAUCCAAGUAGCAGUGAUUCGCCUAAGCAGCAGUGCUUCGCCUGUGCUUCCCCCUAAUUUAGUCCCAAGUCAAUAUCUGCCUAAGAUAUCACCUAGUGUUAAUCUGCAUCUCUAUUUGUACUUGUUGUGAAUACGCAGGCCACAAGAAGUAAUUACGUGGGUUUGUUUAUUUUUUUAAUCACUUUUACUCAGGACAUGCUAGCUGGCAACAAAGGAUUCCAUUCAUUGUGCUAAGCUAAGCUAGCGCCGACCCUGUCAAACUAAAACAAUGCAUGCACUGAGACAAAAAUGCAUUUGCACACAUAUCUAAAUGUAGGAAAGAAUAUGAAUAAGCCCUACUUCAAAAAACGGUGGAGUGUUCCUUUAAGUAUAUUGAGCAAGCAUCAAAUGUUUU